ACCGGCGGAGUGUGUGGCAGACGAUGGCUGUCGUGAGACGGUGCCUGUCGUGAAACGAUGCCUCGAUAGCCUCGAUGCCUUCCUCCCGUACAAUGCGGACAGAAAGGCGCUGGUGGGAUGUCACAGCGAUGAAGCUGCAUCAAAAGAAGAGUAAACCCAAGUCUGUUCCCAGUCCAAAACUUGGGCCAAAGAAAGCCAGAAAACCCAAGCCAAAGCCCGAGCCCGAGUCGGACGAAGACCUCAGCAAUGAAGAAGACCUGGAGUUCAGCGACGGGGAUCACGACAUCUCUGAUCUGCUCGAGUCGGACGAGGGGGAACCUGAACCCGAAGCACCGAAGCGGGCUCUCGGUGACCAAGCUUCGACGCAGCCGCGCAAGAAGUCCAAGACUGCAAAGUCAGACCUGUACAAGCCACCUACAGCCGAAGAGCUCAACAACCUGAAGGAAGUGGAGACGUUGUUUCACUCAAACCUCUUUGGGCUGCAGCUCUCGGAUCUUCUCAAAGAAGUGGCCCUGAAAGAGAAGCAUGUGCACCAGUUUGAUGCUUGGCUCGGACUCUUCCGCAAGGCGCUUCUGGCGCUGCCGGCGUGGGACAAGGCUCGGGAAAACCCGGAGGAGAGUCUGAAAAAGGCAGCGCUGCCGCUGCUUGGCCGGAGCCCCCGUGACCCCAGGUGUCGGUUCCGGUUUGCCCCGCCCCGGUCGGUGCGGCUCGUCGGCAGCCAUGCCUUCCAGGGGGCACUGGGACCCGACGCCACCGCAGACGUCGCCCUCGAAAUGCCCCAGGAGUGCUUCGAGAAGACGGACUUCUUGAACAGGCGGUACCACGUCAAGCGGGCCCUGUUCCUCUCGGUGCUGGCGUCCCACCUCAGGAAGUCGGAGCUGGUCGAAGAGAUGAAGUUCGGCCUGCACCGAGGAAACACCGCCACGCCCACCCUCCUCCUCAGGCCCUCCGGCAACGCGGGAAAGCACUUCCGGGUCUGCCUCCUGCCCUACCCGUGCCCGGAGCAGUUCAAGGAGACGCGGUUCGUCCCGGUCCGCAGCAACCUGCGGGCUUCCUGGUUCUACGCCACUUCUGCUGGGGACAAGAGUGCGGCAGACGAGCUACCGUCGCCGCGCUACAACGCUUCGGUGCUUUCCGACAUGAAGAUGGUGGCCAACACCGAGUUUCUGGCGGAAAAGCUAGCAGAUGCGUCGGCUGCCGUCGAAGCCAUCCUCCUGCUCAAGGUCUGGCUCAAGAAACGGCAACUAGAUCAGGGCCCCGGCGCAUUUUCGGGCUUCCUGAUGGCCAUGUACGUGGUUCACCUGCUCCAGCAGCGGCAGAUCAGUGCCAUGAUGAGCUCGUACCAGAUUGCACGCUUCGUGCUCCUCACCCUUUCCCGGUCGGACUUCACCCAGGACUCCAUCUCCCUCUGCACCGAGGAGCACCCGAACCGGCCGUCGCUCGAGGAGUUCUGCGCCCAUUACCCAAUCGUUUUCGUGGACUGCAGCGGCUUCCUCAACCUGUUUGCAAGCGUCAGCUUGGAGUCCUACCUCAGGGUGAAGCAUGAGGCUGGAUUGGCUAUUGGCUUCCUUGACUCGUGUUCCACGGACAGCUUCGAGGUCCUCUUUGCGACAAAUCUGCCCUUCGAGAGGACCUUCGACUGCCUUGUCUUGUUGAAUGGACGGGACGUCGAGACUGCCGCGGAGGCUCUGUCGCUGCGCGACGUGUUGGCGGACUUUGACGGCGACAAGACCCAGCCCGUGGCUAGCGCCAUCUGCAGUCUCCUGAGGAAAGGACUCGGCAAACGCGUCUGCCUGGUGUCAACGCGACCGACUACGACGCAAGAGUGGGGCCUCCUCCAGGGUCCCCCGGCCGGAGUGCCGUCGGUGGCCGUGGGGCUGCUCCUGGACGCGGACCACUGCUACGCCCUCGUGGACCGUGGUCCGCCAGCAGACUCCUCGGACGCCCCGGAUUUCCGGGCGUUCUGGGGCGACCGGUCGGAGCUGCGUCGGUUCCAGGACGGCAGCAUCCUGGAGGCCGUCGUGUGGCCAGCCAAGAACGCCCGGGACCGGCGCGGGCUGGUCCUCGACGUCUGCCGCCACAUCCUCGCCAGGCAUGCCGGCCUGAAUGGCCUCACCAUGGUGGGGGACUUCCUGGACCCGCUGCUCCAGCUGCCAACGGUGGAAUUUCCCUCGGCGACGCCUUACGGGACGGGGGAGGAGGUCACCACGGAGUUGGUCGCGGCCUACGACGACCUCGCCAGAGUCCUGCGGCACCUGCACGACCUCCCGCUGACCGUGUCCUCCGUCAGGGGAACCUCCCCUACGCUGCGCUCGACCGAGGUGUUUCCACCCCUGGUGGGUGCCCUGGGCACCGAUUACGGUGCCUACUUCACCACGGACGACGGCUUCCUCUGCCCGCUGCCUUUCAAGGCCCACGUACCACACCUGGUGCCCCUCACCCGAGUGGUGGUGCACAUGGAAGCAACGGGCAAGUGGCCCGACGACCUCGAAGCCCUCCGUCGGGUCAAGGCUGCAUUUCACGUGACGCUCGCAAAGAUGCUGCGGGAGAAUGAAGCUUGUCACCACCACAUCCCGAACACGUGGACGUUCUCAAGAACCAAGUCUUUCGGUGACGGCUUCGUCUUCCGGCUACGGAUCGCGGCCCACAAGGAGAUUGGCUUGGCUCGGCAGUCGGUCGGGCCGAACGGAGCUAUUGCGAUCAAGGACACUGACCUAAGCCGCAAGAUUGAGUUUGAGACAGAGAUCCUGCCAAGCCUGACGAGCACGCUGCACGGGCUUCAGCAGCAGCACAGCACCUUCAGCGCAGCCUGCCGGCUCGCCAAGCGCUGGGUGGCCUCUCAGCUGCUGAGUGGUCACGUGACGGAGGAGUGCAUCGAACUCCUGGUUGCUUCAGUCUAUGUCGCUCCCGCACCCUACGCCGUUCCAAACUCCCCAAGACUGGGUUUCCAGAGAUUUCUAGCGUUGCUGGCCAACCACGACUGGUCAAGGCAGCCACUUGUCGUCAACUUCGCUGGAAAAAUCUCUAAGGACGAGGAAGCAGACAUCCACUCGACGUUUGUGGGUCAGAGGUCAACGCUUCCGCCCAUGUUCCUUGCAACGCCCCUGGACGGUCAGCAGCGCUCCCGAUGGACAGAGCAUGCGCCCACGGGUCAGAUCCUGCACCGCCUGGUUGCGCUGGCGAGGGAGUCGCUCCGGGUACUUGAAGGACAAGUCGCUUGUCCCCUUGAAGCAGACGUCAGACAAAUCUUUCGGCCGCCGCUGGAUCCUUACGACGUCAUCAUUCACCUGGAUGAGCGAAGGCUUCCCACAGCGCACCUGGCAGUCGACUGCAGCCACCGAACGACACUGAAACGACGGAAGGAUGACUGCAUGCCCGUCGUCGACUUCGACAUCGCCGCACUUUACGUGCAGGCACUUCAGGAAACUUACGGGGAUCUGGCCCUGUUCUUCUACGAUCGUUACGGUGGCAAUCUCGUCGCGGUCCUGUGGAAACCACACGCCUUUCAGCCACUACCCUUCAAGGUGUCCCAGAUUGGAGGUCGGACGCUGAAUGCAGAGGGCAAGAUGGUACCCAACGUGGAAGCCGUCUUGGAGGACUUCAGCACCUUGGGGAAGGGACUGGUCACGUCGGUGGAGACACACACCUCAAAGUGGACCGUCUGACGGAAACCACAUUAAAAAUAAAAAGAUUUUAAUAUCG